GUAAAACUCGUAAAGUCACCUCGUUAAAAGACAAAACUAAAUGAAAUCAACGCGUAGGUGACCAAAAAUAUACGUACUAAGUUAAUUUAAUUUAUUUAUUGCUAAAAAUUGUACAGUUUUUAAUUUAAAAAAAAUAAUACAGUAUUUAAAUAUGUCGUGCAACUAUAUGAGUUCACGUCUAGUCGAUAUGAACAAAAAUUCGGACACGCUGUCCGAGAUAUCGGAGUCCGGAACCGCAACGUCCGGAUGGACUUCGAAUUGGGACUCCAGAGAGGAACUGAGGGAUUUUGUGACGAAAUUGGGACUCAAAGACGUAUCGGACUUGUAUCAGGACCGGUUCAGGGUCGACAGAAGGAAAUUGGAGCAGAUGCUUACUGGUGACAACGAUGCCCUGAUUCCUGCUGAUGUAUUUUUUGCCAAGAUUAUGGAGGAUACUGACACUUACAUAACGUGGCCAAACAAACUGAAAAUUGGUGCUAAAUCUAAGAAAGACCCUCAUGUUCGGAUAGCUGGAAGACCAGAAGAUGUCCAAGCCGCAAAGGAACGAAUUAUGACCAUCUUGGAUACAAGGUGUAAUAGAGUAACAAUGAAGAUGGACGUUAGUUACACAGACCAUUCCCACAUAAUCGGCAAAGGCGGGCAGAGCAUCAAAAGAGUUAUGGAAGAGACCCAGUGCCACGUCCACUUCCCCGAUUCGAACCGAUCGAACCCUACGGAAAAAAGCAACCAGGUGUCAAUCUCCGGUGACAUAGAGGGCGUGGAAUGUGCCAGAGGCAGAGUCAGAGAGCUCAUACCUCUGAUUUUCGGCUUCGAACUGCCGAUUAUGUCCCAGAAUAUCGACGGGACUUCCGCUUAUGUGGUGAAGAUCCAGGAGCAGUACAAGGUGCAAGUGAUGUUCAAGACUCGUCCCAAGUUGCACGCGACUUUGGUUUUGGUGAAAGGAGUCGAGUGGGAGUGCGAUCAAGUGAAGCAGGCCACCAUUUUGCUGAUGGAGUACAUGUGCGAGAAAUUGGCUAGCCAAAUUCCCAUACAGAUGUCGAUGGAGAUAUCUCCGCAUCACCAUCAGAUUGUCUUAGGAAAAAGUCACAGCAACUUGAAACAAAUCAUGCAAUCAACGAAUUGCCAAAUUAUGUUUCCAGAUGCCAAUGAUCCAAACAUUCCAAGUUUGAAGAAGAGCAACAUAAAUAUCUCAGGCAACAUUCAUAAUGUCUACAAGGCUCGUCAGUUGCUGAUGGGCAGUUUGCCUUUGAUAAUCAUUUUCGAUUUGCCGGAAGAAUCGCCGGAUUUGAAAAUUCACCCGGAGCAAAUCAACGAGAUUCAGAAUACCUGCGACGUUGUCAUCAACAUCAGGCAGAAGGCCAAACAAAACACCAAAGCCUGCGUCAUCAAGGGAAUUGAAAGACAAGCUGUGUCGAUCUACAAGGCUCGCAACAUGAUCCUUGGCAUCGACGAGCCGCCGAUCUGCGCCGACAUCCCCCCCUCCUACCUCCCCUCGAUCGCGAGCCCGGCCUCCCCCUUCAGCUGCUCCGAUCUCCUGCCCACCCCCACCAACAUCAACCCGCCGCCGAUCUCGCCGAUGCUGAGCCCGCUGAUCUCGCCCAACUGGCAGUUCCCGGUCAGUACCGUGCAGUCGAACCCUCCGUUCGUCGGGAUGACGCAACAGCCGCAGUUCCUGUACAACAUGAUGCAGCAGUCGUUGGGAAGCAGCGGAUUCCACUCCAUGAGCCACUUCUCCGACAACUCGUCAAUGCAACAAACCAGCAGAGAGGGUAGCAACUUCUCGAUAUCCAGCAACAACAGCUCCAUAUCGAGCCCUCUGCCCAGCCCCAGGAACUCAGCCUCGCCAAAUUGCUACCGAAACUUCUCCGAAAGUGGAUCAGAGUUAUCGUCCGUUCUAUCCGAUGUCAGCAAUCUUUCCAACUACCACCAGCAAGAGAAAAAGAACGAGCGAAGUCCUCUAACAAACUACGAUUACGAGAACAAGCGUAUGGCUGGAAUGAGGGCAAUGCAGAUAAGACCGACCCCAGGCACCUUCAGGUUGCCGAUAAACUCCUGGUCCGGUUACAACAUAAGCCACACCAGUCCAGCUGGCGGACUGAAGGACAAGACCCCCACGAAACGCGAGGACGACAUCUGGAAGUCGCCCACUUCGGCCUCCAAAGCCGGCGACCUCUUCAACAACAUGGCCACCGGCAGUGCCUGCCUCAACACCAGCAACAUUUUGGAUCACACCCCGAGCCACAUCGUGAACAGGGUCACCAACUCCAGCUGGCCCGAUUUGCCCAGCAUGUUGACCUCGUUGAGUCUGGACAGGUAUGUGCCGCUGUUCAACCAGCACGAGAUCGAUCUGGGGACUUUUGCUUCGCUCAACGAUCGGGAUUUGGUGGAGAUCGGGGUCAAUGCUUUCGGUGCCCGAAGGAAGAUGCUGUUGGCCAUUUCGGAACUUAAUAAACGUUCAAAUCAAUUUUCGGCCGCCCCAGGGGCCGAAAGAAAAUCUUCUUCUUCAUCUAACUCAACGUUGUCUCACUCCAGUCCACGUGAUUGGUAAGAAAAUCAAAAACCAAAAAAAAAAACGAAAAAAAUUGUUACCAAUAAUAUUUAUAUAACUUAUUUGAAGACUUAACAAAUGACUAAUUUUAGGAUUUUUUCUACUGUAAUGUAAAUUUCGUAAUUUAUAUCGGCGGUGUAAAAAAUAAAAAAAAAUGGGCAUACAUCAAAAAUGUGUGUGCUGGUAUGUUAUUAAAAAUGUGUUGUGAUAUUUUACUAAGAAAUAAAAUACAAAAAAAUAUCCGUAAUAUGUUCAAAAUGGUGAAAAUUCACCCGUAACAUAACCUUACUAAAUUAACAACAAAAUUAUGUUUAACAACAAAUGAGCUCAAACCAACAUCUAAAAUUAAGUAUAUAAUGUAAUGUAUUUUUGUAGUGUUUAUAAGGUGAUGUUAUGGUAUUUAUUACCCUUCCUAAUUAAUUUUAUUGUAUUAAUAAUCGAAUUAUUAAGUAAAACAUCACAACGCUGAAUGUUCUAUUUCAAUAAUUAAUUGAAUUUUUAAAACAAUUCAAUAAAUUAGGAUUUUAACAAUUAAUUUUUUUAUUAUUUAUUUAAUUUAUUAAUAGUACGUAUAUUUUUUUACAAAAAAAUGUGAUAUAUGUCGGAGUUAUAAAAUUAGUAUACCGUGUGAUUGUCUUUUAUGUGUGUUAUUUAUUUUAUAUGUAGGUACGGCUUAGAUGGAUGUAAGCAGAAGUUUUAAUUUAUGAGAUUUCAUUCAUUGAUCAAACUAACAUUUUUAUAGAAUUAAAACUUUUGUAGGAUAAGUUUAUAUUGUAAUUGAUUAUAUUUAUUGUUAUUAUUUAUAGAAAGAUAUUUAUAAAUGUUUACUAUGCUUAUUUAUUACCUAUAAUAAAAAUAUAUUUUCA